CGGCUCUCGCACUUCUGCUCCGAACAGGGAAUGAAGGCAGGGAUAGAAAAGGCUCGGACUGUAAGACAACUCCAGUUUAGAGCUCUGCAAGCUGUUUCCUAGUGGAUAUGAAAACACUGAUCUGAGACGGACUUGAUAGAACUGUCGUGUGGAUGUGGUUUGCGACCGACGGGCAAGAGACAUGAACAACAUAGACUCGGUGCAGGCGGAGGAGCCAGAGGACAGGAGCCAAGUUAAAGAAUCCUUCAGUUAUGUGUCGGAGGAGAAGAGGAGUGUGUGGAGGGACAGUGGAGAGGAGCGGUCGGAGCCCUCCUGCAGCCUGAGCGUCAGGAACAUCUCCUACACAGUCAGUGAGCGUGUGGGUCCAUGGUGGGACUUACCUACCUACAGGAAGCGAUGGACUCGUCAGAUCCUAAACGAUGUCUCCUUCCACGUAGACAGCGGGCAGAUCAUGGGCAUACUGGGAAACUCAGGCUCGGGAAAGACCACGUUGUUAGACGCCAUCUCGGGGAGGAUCGGACACCGAGCGACUCUGCUGGGUGAGAUCUUCAUUAACGGCCGGAAACUGAAGAGGGAAGAGUAUCCGGACUGUUUCUCCUACGUGCUGCAGAGUGAUAAUUUGUUGAGUUAUCUGACAGUGGAGGAGACGCUGACGUACACGGCCCAGCUCGCUCUGCGGAAGCACUCGGCCGGGGCGAUCAAGAAAAAGGUUUCCGCCGCGAUGGCCGAGCUGAGUCUGAGUCACGUGGCCCACAGUGUUAUAGGAGGUCGUAUUUUCCCAGGGAUCUCUGGGGGGGAGAGGAGGAGGGUCUCUAUCGCCAGCCAGCUACUUCAGGACCCAAGGGUGAUCCUAUUGGAUGAGCCGACCACUGGCCUGGACAGCAUGACAGCCAAUCAGAUUGUGGUGCUCCUGGCCCAGCUGGCCCGGAGGAACCGCAUCGUCAUUGUAACCAUCCACCAACCACGCUCCGAGCUCUUCAGGGUGUUCAGCAGGAUCGCUAUAAUGAGUCGUGGAGAGCUGGUGUUCUGUGGGCAGCCAGGAGAGAUGGUGGACUUCUUCAGUCAAUGUGGAUACGAGUGUCCAGACUACUGCAACCCCUUUGACAUCUACGUGGACUUCACCUCCGUGGACACGCGCAGCAGUGAGAGGGAGGCGGCCACGUUCAGUCGCAUGCACGAGAUCACGUCGUCCUACCAGAGGUCGGCCAUCUACCAAAGCAUGCUGGGAAAAAUAGAGCAGAGCCUGCAACGGGUAGAGAAACCAGUCAUCCCCUUCAAGAGCAAAGAGUCGCCCAACGGUGCAGCCAAACUGGAGGUUCUGCUCAGGCGGACCACAAGAAACCUCUCCCGAGACCGGAUGGGCGUCCUGAUGCGUCUGUCCCAGAACCUGAUCUACGGCCUCUUCGUGGCGUUCUUCGUGAUGCACCUGGACCUGGACGUCGCCAAGGGAGCGGUGCAGGACCGCAUCGGCAUCAUCUACCAGAGCAUCGGUGCCUCGCCCUACACUGGCAUGCUGAACGCCGUGGCACUCUUCCCGGCGCUGAGAGCCAUCAGUGAUCAGGAGAGUCAGGAUGGUCUCUACAGUAAAUGGCAAAUGUUCCUGGCCUACAUCUUCCACAUCCUGCCCCUCAGCAUCCUGAGUGUCGUCAUCUUCACCUCCUUCCUCUACUGGACGGUGGGGAUGCACCCCGACACCAUACGGUUCCUGUGCUUCACUGCUGUGGUCCUCGUCCCACAUAUUAUAGGUGAGCUGCUGACUGUGGUGUUACUGGGAGUGGUCCAAGACCCGAACAUGGUCAACACUGGUGUGGCUCUGCUCAAUAUCGCAGGGAUCUGUGUGGGAUCCGGCUUCCUGAGAAGCACCAAGCAGAUGCCGGAGGUCUUCCAGUGGCUCAGCUACGUGACCUUCCAGAAGUACAGCUGUGAGCUGCUCAUAGUCACCGAGUUCGACGGACUCGACUUCACAUGCAAUGUUUCCAACCCAUUGCCAGGAGCCUGUCUGGUCACACACGGAAGUCAGAUCAUCGAUGAGGGCUAUCCGGGUGCUCUGUCCAGAUACACAUUGGAUUUUGUUCUGCUCUACUCCUUCCUCCCUGCCCUCCUGCUGCUCGGGAUGAUCAGCUUCAAGAUCAGAGACAAGCUUAUACGUCACUAGAACCACAGACACCGACCUAGUUUGGUUCAGAUGAUCCAACAACAGAUUUAAAGCACAAUAUUUACAGUAAGAUCAUGUUGACUUACAAACACAUCCUCUGCAUUUGCACUUAAUCCUUUAACAUUCAAGAAAUAUAACCUUUAAGUUGUAAAGAAUGUAUAGUUUGUAUAUGUGUACUUUGUAUUCUUAUGAGAAAUUAUGGCAUUAAACCACCUGACAGGUCCCAAUACCAACAAGUGCCUUAAAACAACAAGUCCCAGUUUGAAUCUGCUGCUCUGCAUAGUUCAAAGAAGCAGUUUCUUAAUGUAACAAUCAAUAUUUGCACUGUUGUUAAAUUAUUGUUUUAAUAUAAAAGUUAACAAAGUCUUUUAAUAUUAUAUAUAUCACCAGUAUAAUUCAAAAUUGAACAACAGUCUGCUUUGUAUCAGAGGAAUAUUCACACAAUGUCAAAAUGUUGCUCGUGUAUCGCUUGUAUUACUUUGUUCAUAUAUUGUGAUUAUUAUGUUUUAUUAAUAGAAAAAUAAAAGCUACAGCAAUAAUGUAAAA